GCCUCGGUGAUUUCCGUAGGGACGUGGCGCACUGAUUGCAUCGUCUGCUACUCGGCUUGGUAUCUCCACCAAGAAAUGUGUUCAGGUGGUUGAAAUCGCCGGUCAGACUCUAUGAUUUAGUUUGUAAUUCUUUUCUUGAUUUGUGUGGCUGCAUUGUUAUCGGAAAUCGUGUUAAAGAUUAAAUGUUCCGACGGCAGACACACGUUGACACCGUCUGUCGUUGAUGCAAAGGGUGGUAACUGCUGUGAACACUUGGAGUCGAAGCAGACGACAGUGACAAAGCAUGGGUGGCGGUGUGCGGAUCACGCAGUGGGCGCUGGUUGUAGUGGGAUGUUUAGCGCCUGUGUGGGCCAUAUCCAUCAAAUGUGGAGUGUGCGAGGAGGACAGGUGCCCCGAGCUUCACUACUGUGAAGGGGAGGCGGUGAAGGACCACUGUGGCUGCUGUACCGUCUGCUCCAGCGAUAAGUUCCAACCUCAUCCUCUAAUAGCCAGCCUACAAGGACACGGUAGUGCCUGCAAACAGGUGGAAUGCCCGAAGUUCAAGGUGUGCGUGGAGAACAUGCAGGGCCUGCCCCUGUGCACGUGUCCGAGUGAGUACAUUUGUCGUCGUCGCCGACAGCGGCCGCUGUGUGGGACCGACGGGCGGACGUACUCCUCGCGCUGUCACCUGCGGAUCGCUGCAUGCAACUCUGGCACCAAGAUCAAGAUGCUGCGGAAAGGUGCCUGUCCCGCCCUCGACAACAAAGGCGCCAAUGAGGCGCAGACCGAGGCGCAGAGACCGACCCACAGCGUGCCACGGCCCGCCUCCGGAACUAGUCCCCCAAGCCGCACAUGCGACACCCCCACCUCGUGCCGCAGACGCAAGCAGCGCGCCGUGUGCGGCACGGACGGCAGGACGCAUCCGUCCCGUUGUCACAUGAAGAUCGCCGCCUGCCAGGAGGACGUCAGGAUCAGAGUGCGGCAUGCAGGGGCGUGCACCACCUCCAGCGUUGCCUCCCCUUACGACCGUGACGCCGUCGGCGAGGAGGAGGAAGAGGAGGACAACGACGGUGAGGAUGAAACAAGCGAUGUCGGUGUGUCAAGAGACGCCGCGGCUCCCAGGAAACGAAAGAAUAAUAACGGAAACGACACAGGCGACGAAGGGGACAAGAAUAAGGAAGACAAGGAGCGACGCAAUCGCAGGAAGAGGAAGAAGGACAUGCGCCGUCGGCGGAGGAAGAUCAGGGACAGGAGCCGGAACCCACGCCACAAGACGCAGAAGAAAAGAUUCAUGCGCACUUUUGGGCACUUCACCUGGAAAUAUUGAGGGGCAGUUUUCACCUGGACAAAAUGCAACAAUCAUCAACAUAGCAAACCAACCUGAAGACAAACACGAGUUCAAGCAGUUUAUAUCGUGCAUGCUAGAUUCCUGCAGUCAGCACAAUCAAAGGCAUCAACAUUUGUGAGCGAGGUUCGCUUCUGGAAGUCACCUACUCAGAGGACGCAUCAGAAAAGGUAGAAAUGAGGUGUGUUUCAAAGAGAAGCAUGAAACCACUGACCAGAGAAAAUCCCAGGCGUGGUGGACCAUCCCUCGGGAUUCCAUCCUGUUUUAUAAGCCAAUGUAGAUUAUGUCGAACAUCGUGAUUUUUCCUCUUUUUCCUUUGUCUGUGACUCUGUUCAGUGUCUUCUAGCAACAUCGCUCCGACUUGCUGAAGAAACCAGACUAGUCUUCUCUCACCAGCUAGGAGCGAGCACAAACAGGGCUUGUGGCAUCAUGCACAGUCCAGUCUGGUGAUGACCCGACCUGACCUGUAGACGUCUGAUCAGCGGAUUGGUUAGGUUUUGUCUUUUAUCAGUAUUCGAUCAUCCAACAAAAGCCUUUAAACUGAAGGAGACCAGCAGUGCUGCAUGUUGCCACUGAAGUCUGACAGUUCUCAAGAAUAUACGAGCAAGUAGCAGGAAGAGUAGACAGCAUAAUGGUGCACACACCUCGAGGUUCAGUCACAACAGUUGAUUUCUGUCGAAGUAGCACGUGAUUCCAGCGCAUGGGCUGUGCUGUCUGAAAGCCACGUGCAAGUUGGCGACUGGCUCAAGGGUUGACCUCUUCACCCCGCUCUCUACAGCUUUCUGUUUUUCCCUCGCUGACUUCACUGUGUCUGGUUUUAACGUUUCCUGGCGUCUUCAUGUAAUUUGUUACUUCAUUUCUGCAGGCCACUUUUCUCAACAAACAAAAAAAAAACCAAACAAACAAACAAAAAUAGAAAAGAAAAGAAAGAAGAAAAGAAAAAGAAAAACUGUGCUGUUUGUGAUUAUGGAUGUGUCUGCACCAGCGAGCAGCGGCAAACGUUGACAAAGCUAAUGUCGAAGAGGAACUUCUAGAAUAAGCAAAAGUUAGUCUCACAACUCGCACAGACUCCCGUACAUUUAAACUAUGUGUGAGAGGUGAUUGUCUACUGCAGAAGCAGUCCGUAAAGAUGGAUAACAAUGCAGUGCCACCAACAUUCAAAAGAAUUCAAUGUAGUUAAUGUAGAAUGUUGUACUGUUUUGUUUUAAUGAUACAUCUGGGAUUAGCUUAAGCGAUUUCUUCUAAUGAAGGCAGACUGCAAAUUUCAUUGACACGGUUUACCGGCUGCUAACAGGAUUUUAAACAUGUCUUUUAUAAGUGAAAAUGUUUGUUACUCUGAUGACCACCGUCAAAGUAAAAUUGUCACUUGUUUACCAAGAUAAUAGUAAAAAGUAUCUGUCACUUGCUUAACAGAAUUUUAAAAGUGUAUUUGUUACUAGGUGACCUGUGAAAGAAGGUGUGAGAAAACUUGGCAGAUACCUCGAUAUUCUCGAAAAUUUGGCUUAUCAAUUAUAUAUAUUGCACACACACACAAAUGUUUUCUUUUAUUAUUUCUUAUGUGAAAACGUGUUUAAACAUCUUACUAUAUUUCAGAGAUUGACAAUUCAAGUAUUGGCCUUUGUCCAUUCAGAAUAGUCUGACUAGUGUGCUGUCUUCCUCACCUGCUACAAUGGUCUUAUUUAUUAUUUACCUUGUCACAAAUGGCCGUUGCUUUGUUGCUAACUUCACAUUUACUGUUCGCGCAUGAGUAUGAAUUUAACUGACUCGCAUAAUGCAUGCUGGGUUGUCUGCAUUUUCAAAGAACAUAUUUCGGGAAUUUUGUGCUCGAUCGCUGUGGUUUUUUCCGUCCCCUAUGCUCGCCAUCACUCACCCUAUUUCACCCGCCCAUCGCUGAACACUAUUUUCAUGAACUUACUGCACCUCUUCCUUCAUUGUCCUUUCUCCUCGUGUUUCUAGCUCGUCCUGGAUGUUUCAACAGAUGGUAUGUGUUCAGAAUCUGGCACAGUCGGUGCGACAGGUUACUUCAGGUUUCCAGAGAGGUGCCUAUCUGUACGAUUCAACCAUUCCUCAGUUGUUUUUUUUUUUUUUCUUCUUCUCGUUCAUCCCUUUCCUCGUUAGCUUUCUCCCCCGUUUCUCUGAAAUAAGAAACUAUCCUCUCUUUCGUCAAGUUGUGGUGAUAAGCAAAGAUUGUCUAUGUAGUAAAGAAAAACAACAACAAAAUCUCCACAUCAAUCUUCAUUCUCCUACUUGUCGUGUUUUCUUUUUUCUUGUGAUUUCCAGUUCUGUAUUGGAAAAUACUGUGUUCAGCAGAAACCAAAAGAGAGACAUCGGUGCACCCGUUACCUUAGCUUCGCUGGAAGUAUUAUUGUGUGUACUAUAAAUUAAGAUUGUCUUAUUUCAUUCUUUCAUUUUAUACACUUUUAUUUUUAACAGUUAUGCUUAUCACGCAAAGAAAAUUUCGAAGUCGCUAGAUAUUGGAUUUAUGAAUUAUUUUCUCCAUCUUUUUAGAAGACAUUAAAAUGUUUUUGUGUUUACCUUGUAUAAAUUAUUUCUGAAAGACUUUUUCACUUCAUUUUAUCUAGGAAAAAUUGUAUGUGUGUGUGAAAGAAAGAGACGGAUUAUAUGUGUUCAAAAUUAAAUAGAACUUUAAGCUUGAAACACGUAUAAAAACUGUUGGUUUUGAACCCAGAAACUACAAACAAACAUCUUGCAUCAGCAGAAAACGUAGCAUUUUUUUUUUAGAUGUUCCGUUUACUAAAAACAGAAGUUGACAGAAUUCACAAACAUUUUAAGGCAAAGUGUUCUUUGCAACUUCUCCGUAUGUUCAGUACUUGCUGUCAUGGCGGAAAUCUCAAACAACCAGCCAUCCGUGUGUUCUGCAGUUGCUGGCACGGUUUAAAACUCCAACACCCAACCAUCCUUAUGUUUUAUGUUGAAUGUGAAGGAAUACCGAUAAUUUAAGUCUUUCAGUCGUAAGGACUUGUUAUCUGUGGACUGGGAAACAUUUUAAUCACAAAAUGCUGUUCCUUGCGAUUUUGUUUUUCGGGCCCAGUCUUUGAUCGGUUUGUUAAACAGAAACAUUUGUCUUAUCAACCCUCAUCAUAGGUAUGAGUUUAGUACAUUAGUCUGCUUUGUAGAGCUGUUGUCAUGCUUGUUUUUGCUUUCAUUGAUUUGUUUCCAGUGUUAUUAUUUACCAAAAUAAAGUAUUGGUUUUUAAAGUUCUAUUCCUCAUCCAUGUCAUUUUCUUUUUCUUUGGAAUCAUCGAUGUGAUUAGAUUAUAGUGGUGUAUGUUUAGCCUUCAAGGGCCGGGAUCACAGUCUCACUAAGUGGAUCCUGAUGUUUACAGCCAGCUACAUUGCUGAUGUUUGAUAUACAUCACAGCCUGACUCCUUGGCCAACUGUGCACCCGGGCCCUCAGACAUAGAAUGGGCGAACGUUUAGCUUUAUAUAUAUAUUGCUUACCUUUGCUUAAAGCCAGUUAGUCCCAUUCACGGGAUUCCAUUGCUACCUCCAAGCAGACGCUGGAGUGAAUGAACGUGCGAGAGACGUGAUGACGACGUAGUGAUGAGGUCGAGACAAAACUCGUUGUAACACAAGCGGCUGAAGGAUGAGGAUUGCUCUCGUCAGUUCUUGUGAACUCGAUUCUCGGUCUUAACAAAGACCUGGCCAUGUCAUUUCUUCUUCUUGUUCUUCGUUGUUGUCAUCCUCAUCCCUUUCUUCUUCUCUCACUGACAGGCUGGUUGUGAAAUGAAAAUUCGUGCGUAGUUUCUCGUGUAAAUGGCAGUGUUUCAUGUUCAGAAAGCUUGAUAGAAACAGCCAAUACAUUUUGUAUUAUUCUUUAUUGUUAUUCUUCUAUAUUCAAGAAAGGAAACGUUUUUGGUUGGUUAAAGACUAAAAGAAAGCCUGCGGUGUUAGAAUGAUUUAUAAGUGAAUGGGGAAAGACUUCUUAAUGUCCAGUACAGGCAUUCAAAGUUUAGUUUGAGAACUUUUGGUAAAGGUAACAAGUAAUAGAAAUGCACAUGAAGAUGAGUUUACAGGUUACUUUGUCAUGUUGAGAUGUCAGUAAAGUGUUAAGCUGUUUCCAUCCAA